AACUGUCAAAAAAGCUUUUUGUUGCUUUUUGUUUGAUGCUUUUGCAGAAGUGUUUCUGAAAUCCAUUCUGAUAUUUAAUUAAUAAAAUUAAUAUCUCUAUAUUUGCGAAGUAACUACAUUCUAAUUCGAACUUCAACAUGACUAAAGAAAAGCGCAAGGCUGCCGACGGAGGUAAACAAACCGGAACGAGCGACCCGUGCGGACCAAUAACGCGGAAGGGCCUGAUGUCCUUCUUGACCAAACAGUUCACCGACAUCCCGAGCAAGGACAUUUUUGGCAAAUGCCGGUACGUGUCCGCCUUUCAAAAGUGUAAUCGAGUGGGCGAAGGAACGUACGGAAUCGUGUUUCGAGCCAGGGACACUACUAAUAAUGAAAUUGUCGCGCUGAAAAAAGUUCGAAUUGAUCAGGAAAUAUUUAAGGAUGGAUUUCCCGUUAGCGGCCUGCGAGAGAUUCAGAUCUUGAAGAGUUGCAAUCACGAAAAUGUAGUCCAGCUGAAGGAAGUUGUGGUCGGAAACAGCCUGGAGAGCAUUUUUCUGGUUAUGGAGUUUUGUGAGCAAGAUUUGGCUUCGCUUCUGGACAACAUGGAGUCGCCGUUUACGGAGUCACAGGUUAAAUGCAUCGUAAUUCAGCUCCUGAAAGGGCUGCGUUAUUUGCACGCCAACUUUAUCAUUCAUCGCGACUUAAAAGUCUCAAAUCUGCUUCUCACGGACAAGGGCUGCCUGAAGAUUGCCGAUUUCGGAUUGGCCCGCUAUCAGAGCGACUCGACUAAACCGAUGACACCGGGCCUGGUCACCUUGUGGUAUCGAUCUCCUGAGCUAUUGUUCGGUGCGAAGGAGCAAACCACUGCCGUGGACAUGUGGGCCGCCGGUUGUAUUCUGGGCGAACUUUUGGCCCACAAACCUUUACUACCAGGUGUCAGUGAGAUUUCCCAAAUUGAGCUCAUCAUAGAUCUACUCGGAACGCCGUCCGAAACCAUUUGGCCCGAUUUCUCGCGUCUGCCGGCACUACAGAAUUUCACGUUGAAGGCCCAACCGUACAAUAACCUGAAACCUAAAUUCGCAUGGCUUUCAUCGGCGGGACUGCGGCUGCUCAACUUCCUGUUUAUGUACGACCCCAAGAAGAGAGCAUCUGCCGAAGAGUGUUUGCAAAGUAGCUACUUCAAGGAAGCGCCUUUACCGUGUGAUCCGAAACUUAUGCCAACAUUUCCGCAUCACCGAGAUUUGAAGAAUGCUCCCUCAGCCGAGGCGCCAUCUUCCUCUUCCAAUGUGAAUGCAAUUUUUGAUCAAACCACAAUGCCAACCAUUUCGGAUUUACUCGGUUCGCUGGUGAAGAAGAGACGUAUCGAUUAAGUAUUUAAGUAUGUUUUUCCCAAAUAAAGGCACUGAACUUUCAAGAAA